AGUAAGGGCGCGGCCACUCUGCCCCUCGGCUGCAGUGAAGGCCCAGGGGCCGCGCGGCGAUGUCCCCCCCCCCCCCCCCAAAAGCCGAGGCCGCGGAGGCGCCUGGGAGUCGGUCUCCAGGAAGUGACGUCGGGCCGGAGCUGUGGCGGCGUGAGCGAGAUGGCACAUAGGCAUUUGCUGAGAAGGCUGCUAUCAGUGACCCUUCGGCAGGCCACCUGGCCACUGCGGUCUCCAUCCUCGGCACACCUUCCAGCCUUGACCUCCCUUUGCUGGCAUGGCACCGAGCCUCCCUUUCACAACCGAGCCAGCCUUGCCACCGCCAGAAGAUUUUGUACAAAGCCUAGUUGUGAUGUUUCCUUCAACGUACAGAGCCCAGCAGACUUCACUGACCGAGUUAUCAACAGUGCCAAACCAGUCGUGGUGAAUUUCCAUGCAAGUUGGUGCGGCCCCUGUCGUAUGCUCAGUCCGAGGCUCGAGAAAAUCGUGGCAAACCAGGAAGGGAAAGUCAUUAUGGCCAAAGUGGACAUAGACGACCAGACAGACCUCGCCAUGAAAUACAAGGUGACUGCGGUCCCGACUGUAAUAGCUAUUAAAGGUGGUGAGAUCGAGGGCAGGUUCGCAGGAGUUAAAAGUGAAGAUGAGCUGGAAGUGUUUAUCAAGAACCUGAUUUGCCCAAGCUUGUAAAGCAGGCUCCGAGUACGAUGAGAAGAGGGCUUACGUUACAGAAAAUAACAAUGUGGAUGUUUUUUGUUAAGGAACAUAAUCCCUCCACAACUCGGAGUGUUUGGAACGCUGUUGUCGGUAUUAUGGGUGGGGAUGGAGCCUUCACUGUGAAAUUGGUCGGAGUCCACUAAUGAUGUCGUUGUUAUGCAUUUAAUAUAAUUUGCUGUUUUUUCCCCCAAAAUAAAAGCAGUCCAACUUCUGUUGCAUUCGAAUGAUAAGCUUCUUGGAUUCAAUUGCCAGCAGAGACUCUCCAACAGCGGGGCACUAUUCCCAGUAAAACCUGCCUCUGCUCCCUUGCCCAGAUCAAUGGAGAAGAACCAGGGGAGGUGGAAAUCAUCCCAUGUUUGCAGUCCUUUGUUGGGAAGUGGAUCAAGAUUACUACAUGUCUCUAGCGAUUGCUGGCAUGCGCUGCCAACGCAUGCACUAAAUGGGUGCAGCAGUGGAAUUGGAGAGAAGAGUGAGCAGCUUUGUGUGGCAAGUGACAAUUUGUAACUUGCCUGGGUCUAAGAACUGUGGAAACUCCCUGCUUGAUGUGAAGGACACUGAUUGUGUUUGGGACACUGUUGGACUCUAAACAAGUGCAUGGUGGCGAGGAAUGAUACGUGGAAACCGCUGCGGAUACUCAACCAGUCGGGCAUCUGUAGAAAGAGAAACGGUUAGUAUUCUGAAGGGCCAUUUGCCUCCAAGAUUAGCCCCGUUUCUCUCUCUGUGGAUGCCGCCUGACAUGCUGAGUAUUCCCAGCGAUUUGUUUUAACGUCACGACCGUGCCAACACCUCCAGCUUCGCUUUGCUCCACUGUCGGGCACAUACUUGCCUACAGCAGAAACACAAACACUUUGUCAUUAACUGGAAGAUUUCCUUGGGCAGACCACUCGAAUGAUGUGGAACUGAAGUUGAGAGCCAGCAAGGAAGGAGCAAUUGUCAUUUACUCCCUGAUCAUUUUGAAACCAAUAUUUUGGCUUUUUUUUUUAAUUGUUAAAUCUUGCCACCAAUGUAACAGAUUUAUAUUAAAUAAAUGCAGCAAAUUAAAUGUU